AUGGAAGAUAUCAUCACUCGUGCAGACCAAUACGAGAAACGAGACAAUUUCAAAGGUUGUUUUGCGCUGCUUGCAGAAAAUUUGGCCACGUAUCCACACCCAGAACUGUACUGGAGAUUGGCUCGAUGCUGUUACGAUGAAGUUUACGCUCUGUCAGAUCGCCCGUCCAAAGCAGAGUUAAAGGAAGAUUUUGCGGAAAUGUUAAAAUUUGCAAGCAAGGGCUUUGAACUGGAUCCGGAAAACCCCAAAUGCUUAACGUGGUAUGGGAUUGCUAUGGAUGAGAUUGCUGGUUUAGAUGGAAUGCAACAACGUGUGAAAAAGUCCGCUGAGUUCGAACCGUUGUGGAAGGCUUUGUACCAUCUGUUGAAAGCGGAGGAAAUUCAACCGCGCAUGCUCGUUCAUAACAUGCUGCAUGUGGCAAAGUGCUAUCGCAGUCUGAAAGAAUUUGAUCAGGCAAGACAAUUCUGCAAGUAUGUGAUCGAAUACGAAGGCGAGGGAUUUCGAGUGAAUGAGGCGAAAUCUGAGGUUCGUGCCAUGUUGACAAAUUUACCCUAA